GUGCUAUCUCUGAUGAUACAUGAAAUACAUACAUAGUCACAACAUGACGAUAUGCCCUGCGCUUUUAUCACGCAACCCAUGUCGAGAACCUGUCGCAGGCUGGUCCUCACGCAUGCACGUGGUCUGCACCGAAGGACUGAUGAACGUGGUGUCUGUCCUACACGUAGUACGCUUCUGAUCAUCUGGUCCGAACGUGACAGGCAGAGGAGAAAUCCCAUCUCGAUAUUCUGGGUGAGCAUCCUAGUUUUCAUUGGACGAGCAAUUUUCCCAUUCCCGGGCUUUGCUUUCCAUCGCGCACUCUCGCCAUCGCUUGGCACCGCGGAGGAUUACGACGCCUUUGUGAAGCAAUCCAGAAGACCAGCCGCUAGGUAGGUAUCACUCGUUCUGUCCGGGAUCAAAGGUGCAUCGGAGCAGCGCCUCCUGCAUGAC